AUGCGUUUCUUCUCCCGCAAACACCAACAAGCCGAAGCCGCCGACAACAAUGACGACCAACCUCCCGCAGAGGGCACCGAGACCAAAGGCGACCUAAACAAGAUCGCCGCCGAAAAUGAUCUCGCUGCUUCGGCCAAUCAAGCCGCAGGCACGGCAUGGCUGGCGGGACAUUUGAAUCAUUUGACCCCCGAGCAGGAACAGAAGUUGGUGGAGUUCAAGGCGCUGGUUGAGGAGAAGGGUUAUUACAAGCCUAAGAAGGAGGGUACUGAUGUUCCCAGUCAUAGCGAUGCUACUCUGCUACGGUUUUUGCGCGCACGCAAGUUCGAUGUUCAGGGCGCAUAUAAGCAAUUUUCAGAGACGGAAGAUUGGCGCAAGGAGAACAAGAUUGAUGACUUGUACGAGAAUAUCCGCCUAGAAUCUUAUGAACGGACGCGACAGAUGUACCCCCAAUGGACCGGUCGUCGAGACCGCCGCGGUAUCCCCGUUUAUCUCUUCGAAGUCAAGCACCUCACAAACAAGAACAUAUCCCAAUUCUCGCAAGAAGUGAGCGAACAAGGUGCUUCCGAAACACACAAGGAUUCUGCCAUCCCCGCUCGACUUUUGUGUUUGUUCUCACUGUACGAGAAUCUGCUCCAAUUCGUGCAUCCGCUGUGCUCUGCUCUUGCGCGCCCGAACCCCGAAACCCCGAUCGUCUCGUCGAAUAACAUCGUGGAUAUCAGCGGAGUGAGCUUGAUGCAGUUUUGGAAUCUGAGAAGCCACAUGCAAGAUGCAAGUGUGUUGUCUACUGCUCACUAUCCCGAGACUCUAGACCGUAUUUUCAUCAUCGGAGCGCCCUCUUUCUUCCCCACAGUCUGGAACUGGAUAAAACGCUGGUUUGACCCCGUCACCGUCUCGAAAAUCUUCAUUCUCUCAACGGCUGAAGUCAAAUCCACUCUCGAAACCUUCAUGGAACCGUCAUCCAUCCCAUCCCAGUACGGCGGAACCCUCGAUUUCAAAUGGGGCGAUUUGCCGAAUAUGGACGAUGCUGCACGCGCAUUGGCGGGAGGAUUGGAGUCCCCUCCUGCCACUGAAGGCGGGAAGCCCAUAUUUUUGAAGGGGCCCGUUAGGUUCUUUAAUGAUCAUAUGGAGGUUUUGGGCUCGGACCAGGGGAAGCCUAGACGGGAGACGAUUCCUGUUCCGCCUACUGCUGCCGUCACGACUGCUGUGAAACUGGAGGAGCCAGCAGUGGUCCCAGCUGCAGAAACUGGGGCAACAACAGCACCGAUCCCAGAUGAGAAAAUAGAGCCGGUAGAACCUGCUGCUGCUGCUCCUGUCGAGACUACCGCUCCCGCUGCUUAA